GGGGCGGCUGGUGAGGGUGCGGGGGCGUUAAGGGGACAAUUAGACAAUUUCGAAGAUACGCCAACUUCAUAAUUGCCGCCCACAAACCUGAGAUAAUUUCACAUUCACAACCUAACUUUUGCAAAUUAUUACAAACUGUUCAAGUAUCAAAUCCAACUUUCCCAUUCAUACACAGAUCACUGUAUGUGAAACUCAAAUCCACACUUGAUAAAUCCAGCCCUCUGUGAUUCUCCUUCCGUUUAUGUUUCCCGGUCUCUCAGUGAUUGUACAUCGAAUUGCUUUUUGUGGGAUUUUUAGGAUCCACUUUUUUUUUUUCCGCAGGUAACGAUUGAGUAAUCCUCCGAAGAUCCGAAUCAAACUCUCAUAAAGAUGCAUAAGUGCAAAACGCAAUUAUUGCCUUCCAAUUGAUCAGAAAAUAAAAUUAAACACUUAACGCCUUUCUGCCUUUCUUGAAGAAUCCGGAUUCUGAUUUUGUUGCUCUCUACUACUGUCCUAUUUUGACAGAAGAGCAGUUAGUUUCCCCAAAUAAGAAGAAAUAGGAGAAGGAGAAGAUGGCGAGAAGUAGAGAAAAUGAAGAUCUGGAGAGCUGGUCAAAUUCAUCAUUAACGAAGGAUUCUUCAAUCAGCCUGCUGAAGCUUAUCACGAUUUUGAUAAUUUUUGUGGUUGGCGUAGUUAUAGGACUAUCUUCCAGUUCACACAUUGAUCGGUAUUUCACACUUCAAACGGAACAGUUUAGUUUAAAUAAUCAUGCUAUAGAUACCACACAACAAAUUGUGGUGAAUUGCGAAAAAGAGGAUUGUUUGAGCAUGAAGAGUUUCAUCAGGCCACGGAACUUGUGCCACAGUAUGACGGAUGACGAGUUGUUUUGGAGGGCUUCAUUGGUGCCCCAGAAGGAGGAGUUUCCAUUUAGUAGAGUACCAAGGGUGGCAUUCAUGUUUUUGACCCGAGGGCCAUUGCCAAUGUUGCCACUGUGGGAGAGGUUCUUCAAGGGCCAGAAUAAGGACAAAUAUUCAAUUUAUGUGCAUGCUCUUCCGGGAUUUGAGCUCAAUGUGACUAGUACUUCGGUCUUUUACAGACGCCAGAUACCAAGUCAGCAUGUUGAAUGGGGAUCGGUGUCACUGGUUGACGCGGAGAAACGGCUUUUAGCCAAUGCACUUCUUGACUUCUCAAACGAGCGAUUCAUUCUUCUAUCUGAGAGCUGUAUUCCUAUUUACAAUUUCCUCACUAUCUACAAGUAUCUCACCGGAUCCACCCAUAGUUUUGUCGAGGCUUACGAUGAUCCCUCUCGUUAUGGGCGUGGUCGCUACAGCCGGCAUAUGCUACCCGAUAUUAAACUUGCUGAUUGGAGAAAAGGGUCUCAAUGGUUCGAGCAUAAUCGUGCUGUGGCUGUGAAAAUAAUAGCAGACAUCAAAUACUACACACUCUUCAAGAAGUACUGCAGGCCUUCAUGCUAUCCCGAUGAGCAUUUUAUUCCCACCUAUCUGCAAAUGUUCUUUGGUUCACUAAAUGCUAACCGUACGGUGACUUACGUUGACUGGUCACUAGGAGGUCCGCACCCGGCUACCUUCAUGGCUGGUAAUAUAACAGAAAAUUUCGUGCAGUCAAUUAGGAAAAAUGGCACAUUGUGCUCUUACAACUCUGGAAACACACCUAUCUGUUACCUGUUUGCUAGAAAGUUUGACCCCAGUGCUUUACAGCCUUUACUGAAUCUCACCUCAAAAGUAAUGGGAUUUUGAAGAUUAAUUUUGCAGAAGUGAGGGUGUACUAUUUUCCCACCCUUUUCUUGCAAUUGUUAGAUUUUGGUAGAGCUCAACCUUUUACAAUUUUAUUUGUGAUUUCCGUAGCAAAAUGUAUAGCAUACAGGAGAAUUUUGGGUCCCAAAAAUGUAUACUAAUCAUUUUUUAGCACUCAGAAGCAACAUCUUAGGAGCUACACUACACGUGCUGGUUUA